AUGCCUUGCUCAGCGGUAACUUUAUCUAUAGCGACCAUUACAGCUAUCGUGGCUGCUGCUUUGAUGGCUAUAGCAUUUUCAACAGACAACUGGCUAUAUAUUGAAGUAAAAAGGAGUAACAUUCAGAACUACGUGACGGGGAACACUGACAACUCGCAGGCGAUACUCGAGACCCUGAACAACAAGUACUACUUCUACACGAGGACCCGAGGCCUCUUCCGUAUCUGCUACCCGAAGGAGCGACCGCCCACAGUUGAGAUCUACCUGUCACCGGUGGAGACGCACUGCAGCAAUGUCGACUACUUCAUACCAGACGAGAACAACGAGACGAAAGGAUUUUCAGAUGACGCGAUGAACAGGUUGCACAUGGCGCGGUCGACGGUUGCGCUGUUCAUAGUUGCUUUUCUGGUGCUCUUCAUCGCUUUCUGGACUGGCGUCGUCGGUUGCUGGAAGCGUAGUCCGGGGAACAUCACCGCGACUGCCAUACUAAUGCUCGUUACUUGUUUACUGUCAGCCGGUGCGAUGGCGCUUUGGCACGGAGUGGAGUUUUACGAAAAGGAGAAAGUAGUAGGAGAGGAGUUUUACCAGCAGUGGCCAAAUGUGUUAAAAGACAACUCGUCGAUAUGGUACGACUGGUCGUACAUACUCGCUUGGCUAGCGGUCGGCGUCUCCUUCGGAAGCUCCAUACUGUUCUUCUCGGCGGCCAUUUGCCUCGGCAAAGAGAAGCGACGCGAGCAACAGAAUAACGUGCAGUACAUAAUGCCAGUCGCGUGGUGUGGCGUCGGUCUGUCGCUGCUGUCGGCCAUUUUGUUUUCGUCGGCCGCCAUUUGCUUGCGCGGCGAGCGAGAAAGGGAGGAGGCUCUUAACAUGCAGUAUCUCAUGCCUGUGUACCCCCAGAAGCAGCAGUACGCUUACGCGGGCUACCCGCCGCCCCAGGCGUACCCGGGCCCCUACUACCACGGCUCCCAAUACGGGCCCUACAAUUAC